AUGCCUGUCAAAGGAAAGACCCCCGGACAGACGUACAUUCAGUCGUACCUGUCGUUGCUCCAGACGAACCCUCUUCAGACGAAGAUGGUAACGUCUGGUACCCUGUCUGCUCUUCAGGAACUUCUUGCAUCGCUCAUUGCUGGCGACAAGAAGCAUGGCAGCUAUUUGACCCCACGUGUGCCGAUGAUGGCCAUCUACGGCGCCUUCAUCUCGGCCCCACUCGGUCACUUGCUCAUCAAUGUUCUUCAGCGCGCUUUCCGAAAUCGCUCUUCCACCCGUGCCAAGAUCCUCCAAAUUUUGGUCAGCAACUUCAUUGUUGCUCCAAUCCAGAAUGUUGUCUAUCUUGCCAGCAUGGCCAUCAUUGCCGGUGCUAGGAAGAAGGAGAAUGUCAAGGCUAUGGUCAGGACGGGUUUCUUCCCCGUCAUGAAGGUCAGCUGGAUUACCAGCCCGUUGGCUUUGGCCUUCGCCCAGAAGUUCUUGCCUGAGCACGCUUGGGUUCCAUUCUUCAACCUCAUCGGUUUCAUUAUUGGAACCUAUGUUAAUGCUCUCACCAAGAAGAAAAGGAUGGCCGCUCUCGAGAAGAAGAAGAACUCACAAUAUGGUAAGGAGCACCACAAGGACUCCUACUACUCCAAGAGUGACUACCGUUGA